GGUCAGCGCUGGGGGCGUGAUCAGUGCUGGAGGGGGCGUGGCCAGCGCGGCGCAGGCGCUCGGUCAAGGAUGCUGCGUGCGACGAGAGCUCUGACAGGAGGGACCCCCCAUGCCGUGACCUCAACCUUGACCUCAGCCGGGACCCCCUGGGCCAUGCCCCCAACCUUGACCUCAGCCUUGACCCCCUGGGCCACGAGCUCCACAUUGACCUCAACCUCGACCCCGACCUUGACCCCACGGGCCACGAACUCAACGCCGGUGAAGCCCCCUGAGGCCUCAGCGCCGCUGGCCGUGUUGGCCGCCGCGGUGGCCCGGGCUCGGGGCAGGUCCAAGCGAGGCCCUGUGUUGCCACCAGGGUGGGAGUUGGAGUUCCGCGACACCUUCAUCCCCAUCAGCCGGGAACGACUGCAGGGGCUGCUGCUGCGGGAGUUCCACUCCUCAGGAUCUGCUCGCGCCUCCUUCGUGGCCGUCGCUGCCCGUCUGGACGCAGCGCUGAGCGCCCGAUACCUGCGCCUGCACCAGCACCUGCAGGCUCUCUACGCUCCGCUGGACCCGGACCAGGAGACGGCGCCGGGGGUUGCCCCACACUUGGGGGUUGCCGGGGGAUCGCCAGAGGCUGUGGCUCGCCGGGUUCGGCGCUUGGUGGCCGCGUUGGAGCCGCUGCUGCGCGAGGCCAAUUUCCAGCGCUUGCCCGAGGCCGCCAUCGCCUUCGCCCUCCUUGUGCAGCACCCCGAGGAUGAGGCCCAGGUCUCGGUCCGCCUGGAGGAUUACGAGUUGCUGCAGUUCUGGGCUCGGGGGCAGCGCCGGGGGCCCCUCCCCACCCCUGAGAGCAGCACCCCACGGAGAUGGGGCCGCAGCAGCCCUGCCCCACAGAGGCAUUACUUCAGCCGGGUGGUGGUGGUGGCUCAGCAACGGGCCGGGGCGCUGGAGUUGGCCGAGUUCCGGAAGGUUCCGUUGGAGGCCCUGGAGCUGCUGCUGGAGAAGGGCCGCGUGCGGACGCCCGGGUUGACGCGCGCCCGCCUGCACUUGGGGCUGCUGGGCUGGGCCGCCCUCCUCUUCCUCAACCUGGGGCUGGGGCUGAUGGCCGACCUCAAGGUGGGGGCGACCGCGCUGCUGCUCGGCCUCGGCGUCCUCGUCACCCUGCGCGGGACCAAGGCGUUUGCCCGUCGGCGUGAGGCGGCGGCGCUGGAGCUGGCGCGGAGCCGCUACCGCCGUAGUGCGGCACAGCACGAGGAGCUGUUGGCGGCCAUAACGCGCCGCGCGCAGGACGAGGCCACCAAGGAGGCACUGCUGGCCCAGACCUUCCUGCCCCACUGCGGGGGCCCCAAGGAACCACGGGCGCAGAUCGAGGAGCGGCUCCAGACGCAGGUGGAGGAGUGGCUGGAGCGGAAUUUCGGGGUACCCCUUGCCUUCAACGCCCCAAGAGCCUGGGAGUGGCUGCGGGCCCUGGGGGGGCACCCCAAAAGCGAGGGGGGGGAACCUCAAAACCAUGAACACACCUGGGGGGACCCUGGCUCUUGGGGACACCCCCCUUCAGAACCCCCUGAGCCAGCUGGGAGAACCCCAAAACCUGGGGGGGACCUCAAAAGCUUGAACACCCCUCCUAGCACCCCCUAAACCAGCUGGGGGACCCCAAAACCUGGGGGAGACCCCAAAAGCUUGACCUUCCCCCUCAGCAUCCCCUAAACCAGCUGGGAGACAUCCAAAACCGGAGGGGACCCCCCCAAACUAGGGGGGACCCCAAACCCCUGACCAGGUUGGGGGGGAACUCCAAAUUUGGGGGAUCGCCCCCCCCCCCCUCCAGCCCCCCCAGAUUGGGGGGGACCCCGGGAUCAAUAAAGUGGGUCCCAUGGCACCCGCGCCCGGCUCUGCUUCAGGGGCCC